AUGGAGAUUGAGCUGCCGCUGCCGUUCCUCGUCAGUGUCGCCGUCCCUCCGGGAUUGGCCAAGCUAGAAGGUCUCACCCGCGAAGAGGUCUCGAUUCUCGGCUGCCCCUUCCUCGACGCCAAGCCGGAGCUUCUCGAAAAGUUCGCCAAGUUCUUCAACCGCCACAGCGCCGAGUUCCAAGCCCAUUUCGAUGCCACGGCCCUCGAGCAAGACCAUGUGCUCGGCUUCCUCGACCGCGGCGCCAAGCGAGUCUUUGUCACCCCCGAAGCGCUACCUCAGUACGCCGAACUGGGCGACCGAGUCUUCCCCGUCGUGUCGACCCCGGAUCUGUCUGCCGCCUCGGAGCACGGUCUGCUAGUCCGCGACUUUGACCCCAAAACUGUGGAUGUCGCCAAAUUCAUUGCCGAUGCUCAGGCUACGAAGGCCAAAAUCCUCUACAUUAAGCCUGCCGAAGGCGUCUCGCUAGAGGAAUUUAUCCAAAUUGCCAACAAGAGCAACGCCGUCCCCAUCCUGCCGUCAACGGGCCUGACCACCGACAAGGCCGAUACCAGCAAGUUGCUGCUUUCCAAGGUCCUUUCCAGCCAAUGGAAGUCUGACCGCUCUGACGGACUCGUCCCUACCGUCGUAACCGACGAGGCUGGUAUUUCUCUCGGUCUUGCCUACACUAGCGAAGAGAGUAUUCUCGAGGCUCUCCGUACGCAGACUGGCGUCUAUCAGAGUAGAAAACGGGGUCUAUGGAUCAAGGGCGCCACAUCAGGAGACACACAGGAACUCGUUCGCAUUGCGCUCGACUGCGACAACGAUACGCUCAAGUUCGUCGUCAAGCAAAAGGGUCGUUUCUGCCACCUCGAGCAAUUUGGCUGCUUUGGAAACCUCAGCGGCAUCGCGGCCCUCGAGCGGACCCUCGUCUCCCGCAAGGAGUCUGCUCCCGCCGGCUCAUAUACCGCCCGUCUCUUCUCCGACGAGAAGCUACUGCGGGCCAAGAUAAUGGAAGAGGCUGAAGAGCUUUGUGACGCCAAGACACAGGACGAGGUCGCCUUUGAGGCGGCCGACUUGAUCUAUUUUGCCCUGACCAAGGCUGUCAGCGCAGGCGUGAGCCUGGCUGAUGUCCAAGCCAACCUGGACGCCAAGAGCCUCAAGGUCAAGAGACGUCCGGGCAAUGCCAAGGGCAAGUGGGCUGAGAAGGAGGGCAUCACGGUUCCCGUUGCUGCUGCUGCUCCUCAAAAGCCUGCUGCCAGCGCCGAGGCUCCUUCUAGCGACCGUAUCCUCAUGCAACGGGUAGACUCCGCCUCAAUGUCCGAAGCGGACUUGCGAACGACGCUUCAACGCCCCUCACAAAAAUCUUCUGACGCUAUUCUCAAGAUUGUUGUCCCAAUCGUUGAAGAUGUUCGCAAAGGCGGCGACAAGGCUCUCCUGUCAUACACUCACAAGUUCGAAAAGGCUACCUCCCUCACAUCUCCAGUCCUCAAGGCUCCAUUCCCGGCUGAGCUGAUGAAGCUUUCGCCUGAAACGACCCAUGCCAUUGACGUUUCCUACGAAAACAUCCGCAAAUUCCACGCCGCUCAGGCUGAGGACAAGCCCCUUAGCGUGGAAACCAUGCCGGGCGUCAUCUGUGGUCGUUUCUCGCGCCCCAUCGAGCGUGUAGGUCUGUACGUCCCUGGUGGUACUGCCGUCCUGCCCAGCACUGCUCUCAUGCUCGGUGUACCUGCCAUGGUUGCCGGCUGCGAGAAAAUUGUUCUUGCCUCGCCCCCUCGUGCCGAUGGCAGCAUCUCGCCCGAGAUUGUCUACAUUGCCCAAAAGGUCGGCGCCGAGAGCAUCGUCCUCGCGGGCGGCGCGCAGGCCGUCGCUGCCAUGGCCUACGGCACGGAGAGCGUCAGCAAGGUUGACAAGAUUCUCGGCCCGGGCAACCAGUUUGUCACUGCCGCCAAGAUGCACGUUAGCAACGACACCAACGCCGGUGUCAGCAUCGACAUGCCCGCUGGCCCGUCAGAGGUGCUCGUCGUGGCCGACAAGGAUGCCAACCCGGCCUUUGUCGCCUCCGACCUGCUCUCCCAGGCCGAGCACGGCGUCGACAGCCAAGUGAUUCUGCUCACCGUCGACCUCUCUGAGGCGCAGCUCAAGGCAAUUGAAGACGAGGUGCACAACCAAGCCAUGGCCCUGCCACGCGUCGACAUUGUGCGUGGCGCCAUCAAGCACUCGGUGACUGUCACGGUCAAGACGAUCGAGGACGCCAUGCGCAUCAGCAACGACUACGCCCCCGAGCACCUGAUCCUGCAAGUCAAUGAUGCCGCCAAGGUCGUCGACCAGGUCAUCAACGCUGGCAGUGUCUUUAUCGGCGAGUGGACUCCCGAGAGCGUUGGUGACUACUCGGCCGGUGUCAACCACUCUUUGCCAACGUAUGGCUACGCCAAGCAGUACUCGGGCGUCAACCUUGCCUCAUUCCUGAAGCACAUUACCUGCGCCAACCUCACCAGCGACGGUUUGCGCAACGUCGGCCCGGCCGUCACGCAGCUCGCGGGCGUCGAGGAGCUCCACGCGCACAAGAGGGCCGUGGAGAUUCGCCUCAAAUGGCUGGACGAGCAGAAGCAUUUGUCAAAGUAG